GCCCAGCAGAGGCAGCACGCUUCUGGACGCCGCUCACCAUCUGCUAUGCGCUGCUGGUGGUCUACAUGCAAGGUGUCUCCCCCAUCCUCUCUCUGAAGAUGCUGCCGGGAAAAGCAGAGAAGCGAAUCGCUUCAUCUGUCUACAUCACCCUGGUGCCCCCGCGGAGGGAGCCGGCCAGCGCAGAGCAAAUGCAGCCCCAGCUGCCCCCGGCUCCCUCUGAGGCUCCAAAAUCUCUGGGUGCCCACCAGCCCCGGACACCCCCGGAGGGCGAUGUGCCAGCUGCCGGCCGACCGGCCCCACGCGCCCCAGGCUUGCCCAACGGAGGUUCCUCCGGCCCCGAUCCGGCAGUCCAGCAGCCUUCGUCACUGCCGUUCCUCCUCCUCUCCAAGGCCCCCCAGCCGCUGUGUGCAGAGAUGCUGGCCCCAGCCCUGCAGCAGCUGAACGUCGCUGCACCAGCCGCCCUCCAGCCUGAACUGCGGCCAACCUGCCUGGAGCGAGCCGGCGAGGGGCCACCGCUGUGUCACGACGUGAACGGGCAUCCGGAAAGGGACUUUUCCAGUGACGUCUGCGCCUUCUGCCACAAAGCCGUAGGCCCCAGGGACCCGACUGUCGAGGCGAUGGGGAAGCAGUACCACGCAGACUGCUUCACCUGCAGGACGUGCCACCAGCUCCUGGCCGGCCAGCGCUACUACCAAAAAGACGGGCGCCCCAUCUGCGAUGCCUGCUACAAGGCCACACUGGAGAAGUGUGCCAAGUGCCAGGUGCCCAUCCUCGAGCACAUUGUGCGCGCCCUGGGCAAGGGCUACCACCCGGGCUGCUUUGCCUGCGCUGCCUGUGGCCGGGUGCUGGGCGACGAGAGCUUCGCGGCAGGCGAGCGGGACGAGGUGUAUUGCGUGGAUGACUUCUACAGGAGAUACGCCUCCGUCUGCAGCGUCUGUCGGCAGCCUAUUGUCCCCCGCGAGGACAAAGACACCUACAAGAUCGAGUGCUUGGGGCGCAGCUUCCACGAGAGCUGCUACCGCUGCGAGCGCUGUCGGAUCCCGCUGUCACCAGAGCCGACGGAGAAUGGGUGCUACCCACUGGGCAACCGCCUGCUCUGCAAAUCCUGCCACAUCGCCCAGCGGGAUGAGUUGUCUGAAGCCAGGAGCUGGUGCCGCGGUGGCAGGACCGUGUGGGAAAAGCGGCCAGGGAGCCGCUUCCCUUCCCAACUGUCAGCUCGUCACAUCCGCAACUAGCUGGAGAACGGGCGUUUUCAUCACCAAAAUUCUUUCCUCCUGCGCAGGAGCCCUUUGCACCGGGGCUGGCCAGGUGGAGAUGUGCAGAUGUAGCGUCUCGGCGAGGCUCUACCCUCCAUUCGCCCGCUCGUUAUAAAUAUAAAAAGCCCUGGAGCGCAGCAGUGGUGGAAGGGCUGAGGUUUUCUUUGCUUUUUUUUACCCUUUUUCCAAGGCUGCUGUUGUUUUGUUGGGUGUUUUUCUUUCUUUUCAUGCUUUCUCAGGGUUUUAUUUAAACAUUGGAUUUCUCUCUGCAGUGACAUUGAGAACCACCGAUUUAGUUGGUGAGCAGUUAAAUAAAACCCCGAGCUAAAAAUCCCAUUUAUUUCCUCCACCUGCUUCCUGUAUUCCAAACUCAUAAAAUACAAGUAAAAAAAGGAGGGGGGGUGCCCUUAGUGCACUGGGCAGCAAGAGGAUGGCCAGGUCGCUCACAGUUGUACCGCAGCUGACUCUGGGGCUGGCAGGAGGGCAACGCACGCAUGGGCGUGCGGUUUUAAGGCUGUGCAAUGUAAAAGGUUGCGCCGAGGUUUGCAGCACUGGAGGACACAGCUGGGAGAAGGUACCAGGGUGCCGUGGUCACAGCCAGGAGUAAGAGCCUGGAAACACUGUUCUGGGUUUUUUUCGCCCCUGCGAGUGGGAUUAUCUUUUUCUCCUUUCUGCAUUGGGGACAUUGUAGCUGUGCCUUUUUUUUUUUUUUUUUGCCUGGAUUUGACAGGCUGUAAAUCAUCUGGGAUCAUUUCAGAUGAGCCCUGGAGCCGGCAGAGGGCAGCCAGAGCACAAAUUCGGUCAGACAAACUCCAGUGAAAUUCAGUUUCUUCUAUGUAUGACACAGAGCUGAUACCAACGACAGAAGAGACUGACAUCAGCCAGCCUAAUUUCUGCUUUAUUAUCCCAGAUACCAUCACUCUGCUGCGGGCAGCUUUAUUUUUUUCCCUUUCGUUCCAAGUCACAACAUGACUUAGAGAGAAAAAAAGGAGCGCGAAAUCAGACCUCGGCUACUGCCUUGUCCCCACGCGUCCAGCAUCCACGCAACCAGCGUGCCUGGUGCUUACCUUCUCCGCCAGGCGCGCUUCCCAUUUUUGUUUUGCAAGGGUUUUGCAAACAGCAAAACAGCCAGAGAAAUAGGGUUUUUCUUUUUAAUGGAAAGUGCCUGCAAAACCAGAAAUGAGCAGCAGAAGCAAGCAAGAAUACCUGAAACUAAUGCUUCAGUGAUGAAGAAAGGGAUCUGAUAAUGCAGGCAGCAAAGCUCUAUAGCCUACUAUAUAAUUUCUAUCCAGCGCGUGCUGCAUUUGUAAACGAGAGGGUUAAUGUACGAUUGAAUAGCACCGGAGUCCAGCGGGUGAGUUGAUUAAUCACACAGGUCUUAAAACUAUUUCCUGCUAUCUUUUCCCAUCUACAAAGCAUAUUAUUCAUGUUCGUAAUGUGCAUCUAUGGCCAUCAAUUGGGUAUUAACUAUAAACUAGGUAUAAAUGGAAUGCUCAUGUAAGAUUUGUGGGUUUUUUUCCAGAGCUGGGAUGGUCACCUAAGCAGGUUGCUCUGGGUCCGGCUGGCUGGGGACGUGUCCCCUGCCAGGAAAGUCCUGCGGCAGCGCCUGCUUAAAGUCGGCUCUUGCUUUCCAAAGCACGAGCCACCUCUCACCAUGUGGGGAAACCCAGGCUGCGUGAAAGGACAUCACCCCCUCCCUGAGAAAAGAGGGGGAAAACAAGAGGAAAAAAAAAAAAAGAUAGAUAGAUGUGGGCGCUGCACAGCACCCAUGGGUGCUUGGCCAGUUACAUUUCCCCUCUGCAAACCUAAUGCGCUUUCCCAGCAGUGAAGAGUGAGCUGGGACAGUCUGCUAUCAGAGGGGACUGCUGUGAUUUUUGGGCUGGCCGCAGGUUUUUUAUUGCGAGGGCCAUUGAAUGGGGAGGAGACGCUGCAAGGGAAAGGAGGAGGGCAAGGCACAUCCUGGGAAUUUAGCAACACGCCACCGCAAAAGGCUGCAGCCGGGCCGUGUCCUUUCUCAGCACCAACAUGCCCAGGUCAGCCAGCAAAAAUAACAAAAUAUAGUGUUCCUGGAGCAAGAUGAGGCUCCUGCUCUGCUCAAGACCACCCUGGCGUAAAACCAGCUUGAAGUCUGGCUGGAGCAGAGAAAGGUGAAGACCUCCUUAAGCCUCCAAAACACACCAGCCAGGCCCAGCCCUUCCCCUGGCUGCUGCAAUAACUCCAUCUUUUUUAGCAAUCCCUCUUGGCAGCCUGGUGAGAGUGGGGAGGGCCCUGUGAGGCAGGCUGGCUCCUCUCCAAGGAGAAGCAAAUGCAAAUAUUUCUGCUCUUCAGCCUGGGUGCGGCCAGUGGAUAAAAUUUCCCCGGGCUUUCCCAGCGAAGGCAGCUGAUCUUCGGCGCCAGCGCUGAACCGGACCCCGCUGCUGGCCCAGUUUGCUACUGGGAUUAUGACAGUGAUUGCUGUGUCUGUGCAGCACAUAAAAUAUAUUAGUUCUCUUGCAAAUCAAGGAACAGGCUGGUUGCAUUCAGGCUGGCACAGCUUUUAAACUAAAGGAUGUGUUAACAGGCACAGCAAUACUGUUUUUAAAGUGGUGGCCAAAGCAUUGCUUUGCAACAAAUAGGUCCUUUCGCAGGUUUUCUUUGCAAGCCGAAUACUUGGCCGCGGGGUUAGCUGGGCAAGACCAUAAAGGGAAACGGGCUGAAACCACCGCCCCUGCUCCCGCCAGCUGCGAGAAAUGUGAAAAAGCAGACGGCGGGCAAACAAGGAGAGACAAAACGGGAUUCCUCGCGUUCCUUCCCUCUUUCAUCACUGCCUGCGAGGUGCCGCAGGCAAUGGAAAGCUGCGGGAAAACACUGCAGCGCAGCAGGCGAGAAGUCCCGCAGCCAAGAGGAAAAACUCCAGAAAUGCUACAGCAAAAUGGCCAUUUGUCUGCUUUCGGGGAGGGGAAACUGAGGCCAAAGUAGGCGGAAAAAGGCUGAGUGAGAAAGGGCAAAGCUCUGUCGGUUAGAGAGUGCGCCAGGAUGAGGGCUGGACGCCUGAUGGUAACGACGGGACGUUUUAAUGGUGUGAAGCCAGCAUAGAGAGCCAGAGGAAGCCUGGACGAGCUGCCCUCCUUUUCUUCACUGUUUCCCUAAGGAAAACCAGCAGAAGUAUUCUGGAUUAAAAAUCCACAGGGCAAUCCAAGCCCUGGACGUCUCCAGCUUUGAUGUUUUAUUUAGAGCAUGACCUGGCCGUACGGCGAAGGACAGUAUUCUUCUCACUGUUGUUGGUGCAAAAAGAGGGCUGAUCCAGGCUGAAAUGUGUUUACAGGAGGACGCUGAAGCAGGAGAGAUUGUCACCUAAAUACCCGGUGCUGUGAUUUAUUGUCAAAGCAUAGUGUGUUUUCAAUACAGGAAGGCUAAAUUGAUGCA